AUGGAACUAAGAUCUAAGAAAUAUGAUGACUCGGCAGACGAUAUCAAAUCUCUGGAUUUUGCAGCGCCUCACUAUCUCAGUGGCCCACUUAGAGUAGUUGAUUCCGAAGGGGUUCCAGCUUCACCCGGUGAUCUUCUUGCGGUGGAGAUCUGCAACCUCGGCCCGCUUCCCGGUGACGAGUGGGGUUAUACUGGAACAUUUGAAAGGGAGCAUGGAGGCGGGUUCUUAACUGACCACUUCCCGAGUGCAAGAAAAGCCAUUUGGUAUUUCGAAGGAAUUUACACGCACUCCCCUCAGAUACCAGGUGUUCGGUUUCCGGGGUUAACUCAUCCUGGUAUAGUGGGAACUGCACCGUCAGCCGAGCUUCUCAAUAUAUGGAACCAAAGGGAAAGAGAAUUGGUCGAGGCGGGUCAUGAGUCUCUGAAUUUGUGUCAUGUUCUACACCAGAGACCCCUUGCUAGCUUACCAACCUCCCACAACUGCUUACUUGGGAAGAUGCAAGAAGGGACUGCUGAAUGGGAAAAAAUUGCAAAUGAAGCAGCAAGAACGAUUCCUGGAAGAGAGAAUGAGGGUAACUGUGACAUAAAGAAUCUAAGCAGAGGUUCCAAAGUUUAUCUACCAGUAUUUGUUGAAGGAGCAAAUUUGAGUACUGGUGAUAUGCACUUCUCCCAAGGUGAUGGUGAAGUCUCAUUUUGUGGAGCAAUAGAAAUGAGUGGAUUCCUUGAGCUAAAGUGUGAAAUUAUAAGAGGUGGCAUGAAGGAAUACUUGACUCCUGUUGGUCCAACACCUCUUCAUGUAAAUCCUAUCUUUGAGAUAGGUCCGGUGGAGCUGCGUUUCUCGGAAUGGUUAGUCUUCGAGGGCAUCAGUGUGGAUGAGUCGGGGAAACAACAUUUCCUUGAUGCAUCAGUUACCUACAAGCGUGCAGUUCUCAACGCCAUUGAGUACCUUUCUAGAUUUGGGUACUCCAAGGAGCAGGUCUAUAUUUUACUGUCAUGUUGUCCAUGUGAAGGUAGGAUAUCUGGAAUAGUAGACGCCCAUAAUGCAGUGGCGACACUUGCCAUACCUACAGCGAUAUUCGACCAGGUAUCCUGCAAUAGCCCAAACACACUGUCUUCUGGACAUCAUAUCUGUUAAUUCUUGCGCCUUAUAUUUUUCAUCUUCUUAAUACAAAUAUAACAAGGUUGUGGUUGCUGCCUUUGUCUAAUCUUGUAUAUACCUUAAGUCUUUUGUGCAACUUUUUUUUUUAGGAAACCAAAUAGUGGUGUGCAUUGACAGUUAGUAGAGAUAUGUGUGUAGUAGAGGUUUUUUGUAUCACAUCAUAUCAGUGUUGAUACUGCUAGGUUUGGUUUGCAUCCUAAAUAUGUACCCAGUUACUCAAUGGAAACAUCAGUCUAAUCAGUACUAAGAUGAACUAGUAGUAGUAUGUGUAUAAUUGUAUAUAGAAUACCCAUGUUUCUGUUGCAAAUAAUCUUGUUGCCUAAGAAAAAAUGAUCUUGACCGGUGCAUGUCGGCAAGAGAAGUGAUAUUCACCGAUAUCACUUGAAGCAUCAGGUCUAGCAGCGAAAAUAACCAGCAUGCAUGUCAGUGGCAAAGCUUAGUCCGUGUAGUAGGAAGUGGAACGUGUAACUGGUAGAGUAUCUCCAUUCAUAGGUUUUUUCAGUGUUAUGAGUAUUUUUAUUUAGAACUCCAGUGCA